AUGUCCCCCCCUGCAGCGUCCCCGGCCAUCUCCUCUGGCCGAUGCCGGCAUCCGUCUUCCGGGUUCUGGUCCCUGCGAACGUUGGGACAUAUGGGACGUACAGGGGCCAGAAACGGCGGGAAAUUAAAAAAUGUUAAAAAAAAAACAUUACUGUAUCAAACCAUUUCACAUACAUUUUGUCCCUAGUGCUUUGUCCUGUGCCCUGCCUGCAUUUUUACUGUUCUUUCUGCCUUGAAACUGAGAAAAGUCCAUGGCGUCCAAAAAGCGUCCCUUUAUGUCAAAAGCGGUUUUAGACCAGCUAGAGAACAGGGAUAGUAAAUUAGAACUACUUGCAGAAUUGA